AUGAAUAGAACUAAUAACAAAGAGGACAUUACUGUGAUUUGGUGCGACUCAAAGAUCGGUUCUAAUGAUUAUGUAGAACAAAUAAAGAAACAAUUACGUCAAAUCAAUGAUUUUGUUGUAUUUCAUACUCAGGUCGAAUCUUGCAUUAGUUUCAUUCAAUCGAUUCAUAAUGAAAUAGUCUUUUUCAUCUCUUCAAUUUAUGAUGCACCGCAAAUAUUGCCUCAUAUUGUAACUCUAUCUCAAAUUGAUAGUAUCUUUGUCUUCAACUGGGAAAAAGUUGAUAAUGAACAUUUAGUUCUUGAACAUUCAAAAUUUAUUGGUAUCUACGAUGAACUCGAUUUAUUGUGUUUAUCAAUUCAAGAGCAAGUAGAUUUGCUCGAUCGAGAUUUACAAAUAUUCAGCUUCUUUGAUCAAGAUGAACGCUUGACAAAAGAUCUAUCAAAACAAACUGCUGAUCUUCUUUGGUUUCAACUUUAUCAUGAUGUUCUUUUUCAAUUAACAUAUGAUGAAGAUGCUAAACAAGAAAUGAUCGAUACAUGUCGUUCCUAUUAUCGAGACAAUAUCAAAGAAUUGGAAGUGCUUAAGAAAUUUGAAAAUGAAUAUCGUUCAGAAGAAGCACUUCAAUGUGCAUCAAAUGAAGGUCAACUUAUCAAAGAAAAAUAUAUCGAAGACUCACAUCGUCAAAUGGAAGAUUUAUGUAUCAAAAUUCUCUUUGGACGAUUGAUGUGUGAUAUGGGUCAAUGGAAUCAAUCACAACACUUCUUUCAACAUUUAUUGAACAACUCGAAUACCAACAAUGAAGAUCUCGCAAAGAUUGAAUAUAGUCUUGGUGAGGUUCUUCAAUGGAAAGGAGAAUGGAGUGAAGCACGGAAAUAUUAUGAUCGUGCUUAUGAACGGAUGACGAAUAUCAAACCAACACAAAUCAAGAAUUCAGCUAAUAUACUCUUCAAUAUUGGUGAGAUUCUUUAUCUAGAAGGAAAGUACGAAGAAGCUCAGAAUUAUUAUGAGCGAGCAUUGGCAAUACGAAAACAAAAUUAUUCCUCUACCAAGAAUGAUAGGCCUUGUCCACCGAAUUAUCAACUUAAUAGUGUGCUGAUUCAUAUUCGAGCAUCACUCUGGCCAGUUUCAUUGAAUUCAAGUGGAUUCUCUCAAUCGAAUUCUCGAUGCAUUGGCUAUAUACAAAAGAAACGAGGAAAGUAUGAUGAAGCUCUUGAUUUUCAUCAACGAGCACUAGCACUUCAAGAGAAAUAUUAUCCAUCUUAUUAUGCUAAAAUUGCCAACACUCUCAAUCUUAUCUCUGAUGUACUACUUUAUCAAUCAAAAUAUAAUGAAGCUUUAUGCCAUUGUCAACGAGCGCUAACCAUGCAGAAGAGCUAUUACCCUUCAGGUAGUGUCUCAAUGGCCUUUAGCCUCAGUAGUAUGACUAACAUCUUACAUAAGCAAGAAAAAUACAAUGAAGCUGUUAAUUUGGAUCGACGAGCACUAGCAACUAUCGAAAAACAUAAUCCAUCUGAUCGUUCUUCCAUUGUUUCUUAUAUGAAUAAUAUCGGAGUUACAUUACGCAAGCAAGAAAAGUAUGAUGAAGCUCUUGAUUACCAUCGAAGAGCACUCGAAAUGCAAGAAAAAUAUUAUCCAUCUUGUCAGCAUGAGAUAGCUAAUACUCUCAAUUACAUCGGUAAUCUUCUCAUUAGACAGAAAAAAUUCAAUGAAGCCUUGAAGUUUUAUGAAUGUGCACUUGAAGUGCAAGAGAAGUAUUAUUCAAAUGGUCAUGUGGACAUUGCGACAACCCUCAAUAAUAUUGGUACAACAUUUCAUCGACAAGAAAAAUUUGAUAAAGCAAUUGAAUAUCAUCAGAAAGCAUUAGAAAUUCAAGAGAAAUAUUAUCCAUCAGGUAGUGUCUUCAUAGCUGAUACUAUCAAUCAUAUCGGUCAUGUUCUGUACGAUGAAGAAAAACUGUUAUCUAUGAUACACUUUCAAAAAAAAAAGACAUUCAUGCGACAACAACUCCUACUCUGUUGGGCGAGCGUUCUCGCUCUGAUGGUGCUUCCAUCGGAAUCUGUACUGAGUUCUGGCUGUGGAAAACCUCUGCCAAGUGAUUUUUCUGCGGGUCAAACGACAUCAAUAAGGGUUCCCGCGGCAAAUGGUCAACCCGUUCGUCACUACAAGGUGCACCUCUCAGCCAACUUUCAAAACAAUCGAGGACACGCUAUUGUCUUCUCCUUUCAUGGUCACAAUGGAGAUAUGGACAAACAAGAAGAUCUAUCUCAAUUAUCUCAAAAAGGUCUACUUAUCAGCGGUGCGGGAAUCAUCGCUGUCUAUCCUAAGGGAAAGCUGGGGACGGACGGACAGACUGCUUGGCAAGGUGCACCAUAUUCUGCUCCCGGUGUAGAUGAUAUUGCUUUUGUGAACACAAUGAUCUUCACACUCCAAAGUAUAUUCUGUGUCGAUUCGUCUCGAAUCUAUGCAACUGGCAAGAGUAAUGGUGCAGGAUUCGUCAACCUUCUAGCUUGUACACCAUGGAUAGCUGCAAAGUUUGCCGCCUUUGCAACUGUCUCAGCAGCUUUCUAUACGACUACAUUCAACGGAGAUUGUCCCACUCAACGUGCCAUACCCAUUCUCGACUUUCACGGUACUGCAGACAGUGUGGCGGCAUAUAAUGGUGGACAAGCACACGGUGCGCUGCAGGUCAGUAUUAACAGUUUUCGACAAGGAUGGGCAUCACGCAAUGGAUGUCAGGGCAACGCGACAAUCUCUCAUCUAUCGAAAGGAACAGACCCUCAACAACUGGUUGAAAUUCAAACGUGGAACACGAACUGUAAAGCAGGUGGUACUGUUAUAGGAUACAAGAUCACUGAAGGGCAACAUGGAUGGCCUCGUACAACAUUACCAGCAAAGUGCAAUGGAAAGGUGGGAACGAAUGAUUGUACCACUACUGUGUUUGAUGCUACAUCAAGUGUUAUCAUCCCUUUUUUCAAUAAGUACAGAUUAUAG